UGCGAAGCGGGGGAUCAUGCAGCUUAGGAAGUUGGAAGGCAAGAUGUAGCAGCCAUGCAGAGCUCUCUCUUGGCAAUUUGGAAGAAUGCAGGAGAGGUGCUGUAGGAAGGAAAGGGGGGAAGGGACGUGUAUCAGCGACACGGCUGAUGGUGCUGGGAACCAAGGGAGGCCUGACAGCCAAGCACGGACUACUGGGGAGAACCGGGGGCUGCCUGAGCCACGGACUCUUUCUUUUCCUGAGAUACGGCACCCAGCCAGGGACUGAACCUGCAAUCCACGCAUGUGCCCUGACCGGGAAUUGAAACAGCGACCUUUUGCUGUACGGGAUGAUGCCCAACCAGCUGAGCCAAACUGGUCGGGGAUGUAACACCUCCAGAGGAGGUGUUAUUAUAUAUGCAGGUCACGGUGCAGACUCAGAGAAGAAAUCAGCAACGAAGGUUCAAAUUAAGGUGCCUGUGCGAUCGGGUCCUCCCACCUUGAUGGAUUAUACACUUGAGCCCAAUGUGACAGUAACCGACUACUACUAUCCGGAUGGCCUCUCGAGCCCCUGUGAUUCGGAAAUUACCCAGACAGACAGCAGGCUGCUCCUUGCCGUCUUCUACUGCCUCCUGUUUGUAUUUGGCCUUCUUGGGAACAGCCUGGUCAUCCUGGUCCUUGUCAUCUGCAAGAAGCUGAAGAGCAUCACAGACAUAUACCUCUUGAACUUGGCGCUGUCGGACCUGCUUUUUGUCUUCUCCUUCCCCUUUCAGACUCACUAUCACCUCUACCAGUGGGUAUUUGGCACUGUCAUGUGCAAGGUGGUCUCUGGCUUUUAUUACAUUGGCUUCUUCAGCAGCAUGUUUUUUAUCACCCUCAUGAGUGUGGACAGGUACCUGGCGAUUGUCCACGCCGUGUAUGCCAUGAGGGUGAGGACAACCAAGAUCGGCACGGCCCUGACCCUGGCGGCGUGGCUGACCGCUGGCAUGGCCACAAGCCCACUGGUGGUAUUUUACCAAGUGUCCUCUGAAGAUGGCGUCUUACAGUGUUACUCGUUUUACAAUCAACAGACUUUAAAGUGGAAGCUCUUCACCCACUUUGAAAUGAACAUCUUAGGCCUGUUGAUCCCAUUCACCAUCCUCCUGUUCUGCUACAUUAGCAUCCUGCACCAGCUGAAGAAUUGCCAAAACCAGAACAAGGCCAAGGCUAUCAAGCUGGUGCUCAUUGUGGUCAUUGCAUCUCUACUCUUCUGGGUCCCCUUCAACGUAGUCCUCUUCCUCACUUCCCUGCACGACCUGCACAUCUUGGAUGAAUGUGUCAUGUACCAGCGGCUGACGUAUGCCACCCACAUCACAGAAAUCAUCUCCUUCACUCACUGCUGUGUCAACCCCAUUAUCUAUGCCUUCAUAGGGGAGAAAUUCAAGAAACACCUCUCGGAAAUAUUUCAGAAAAGUUGCAACCACAUCUUUCUCUACUUGAGGAGACCAAUUCCCAAGAAAUACAGGGAGAAGUCAUUCUCUUCUCAGCAGUCCUUCCGCUCCUCCAGCACGGACUACAUUUUGUGAGCACACACCCUCCAGAGGGGCCGCUGCUUUGGCCGCCAGGCUUCUUCCAAAGACAGAUGAGGUGUGUGCUGAGGUCUUAGUAAGCCUUCACUCUUAGAAACAUGGUUCCGGAUAUAAGAUAUAUUUCAUAUCAUAUACAGUCCUACUACUGCAAGUCAAUCUUCUCAACUUUCAGAGACUUUGUGGAAGUAGUGAAUAUAUUACACCAUUAAGCAUAAUGUUUGUUUUUUUCCCCCUAGUUUUCUGAGUGUCUUUAUCAUAUAUGAAUGUAAAUUUUAUCCAGCGCUUUUUUCCUUAUCUCUUGAAGUGAUCUUAUAGUCUUCUCCAUUAUUCUGUUAAUUUGGUGAGCCACAUUGGUUGAUUCUUAGCUUAAACCAACCUGUAUUUUCCCUGAGGGACAAAUGAGCUCUUGGUGUGAUCAUUUGAAAAAAAAAUCACUGAAUUCUCUAUGAUUUUUGUACUUAUGUUGACAAGAUAUUGUCCUGAAAUUUCUUCCUCUUACAAUGCCAUGAUUAGGUUUGGCCUCCAAAAAUGUGUUGGGAAGUAUUCCCUUUUCUGUGAUUCUCUGAAAGAGUUUUUAUAAAAAAUUAAUAUUAUUUCUUCCUUAAAUGUUUGGAGAAAAUCAUUAGUGAAUCCAUCUGGGGGUUCUCUGUGGAAGAUUUCAAACUAUGCGUUCAGUUUCUUCAGCAGGUAGAUGAUUUGUAUUUUCUGUCUUUGCUUGUCUCACUCUUUGAAAGUUGUUAGUUUUAAGAAAUUUUCCCACUUUAUCUAAAUUGUCAAAUGUAUUAGUCUCCAAUUCUUCCUAAUGUCCUUGCAUAGUCUGUUUUAAUGCAGGAGGAUCUGAAGUAAUGUCCCUUUUUUCCUGAUUUUGGUCAUUUGUGUUUUCUCUCUCUUUUUCUGGAUCAGUUUUAGGGGGGUUAUUAAUUUUAUCCAUCCUUUCAAAGAACCAGCUUUUGGCUUUGUUGAGUUUUGGGGUUUUUUUUUGUCUUUUCAUUUAUUUCUGCUCUUAUCUUUACCUUAUCUGUUUUCUGUGGGUUUCAUUUACUCUUUUAUUCUGGCUUCUUGAAUCUUAGAUUACUGAUUGUCAACAACAAACAGAUAAAAACCCUCUUCAACAGGGCCUAAAAAUCCUUGGAGAGCCAGCCCCAUCCAUCUUCCUCACUCUUCCUCCCCCUACUGUACCCUCCCGGCCUCUCUGGCUGCCUUUGAACCCUGGACAUUGGUCUCUGUUAUGUACUCAAAUGGUUCUCCUCUCGAUUUUUACAUAUGUUUCUCUUUUUUCCCUGCCCUCUAGUUAUCUGAGUGUUAAAGACUUUCACUUUUCUUAUCCACAUCUUGUAGCUUUAUUUUAUGUUUUAUACAUAUAUUCAAUGUGUUCCCAAUUUCGACUCUGAUAUUGUUUCACUCUGGAACAGUGAAGCUCUUGGUCAACACUCGCUGAGCUGAAAUGAUGUGGGCAGGAGGGAUAUGGGGCCAGGGGCAGAGGGGCUUUUACAUUUUUAGACACUUACUCUGAACUGGACACUUAACCACUAUUUUCUCUCUCUCUUUUUUUUUUAAGAGAGGGGAAGGGAAGGAGAGAAAGGGAGAGCUACAUCAAUCAAUUGCCUCUCACACAUACCCUAACUGAGGAUCAAACCUGCAACCUAGGCAUGGGCUCUGGCUGGGAAUCAAACCUGUGACAUUUCGGUUUACAGGACAUCAUUCCAACCAACUGAGCCACAGCGGGCAGGGCCAAAAAGGCAUUCAGAUGAUUACUGUUAACCCAUGAGGCUGCCAAACUGGUAUUCCAGAGCGUGACAUCUCAAAGCUGUGGGAGUUCUGCCCUGUCGUUUCCUGCAUCAGCCAGUUAAGUCCCCGGUCUUCUCACACGUGCCCCAUGCUCCUUGGCUGGGCUGAUGCCGAGGAGCAUGGGGCACGUGUGGCCUGGGGCAGGCCGACGUCUGGAAGACAAGCCUGUGAGCCCAGCCAGCACCCUGGAAGGGGCCACCAUGCCAGACACAGAGGGAUGGGCCAGCUCUGUGGUUGGCGUGUGACUUGGGGAGGAGUCUCCUCCACCUGCUGCCAGGCUGCUGCCCGCCAGCAUUUCUCUCUCUGAUCCAGUGAAGACCAUUUGGAAGAGCUGACACUUGUCAAGUGAAACGUACCGCUGGGUCUUGAACCAUGCCGGGCCUUUCUGAGCAGACAUCGCAAGGGGCGCCUGGGAAAGCCCUGCCCUGGGUGCCGCCUCUCCAGUCACAAGCAGGCCUAAACUCAGCUCUCUGAGUGUCUAGGAGGUCAUCUGAGGAUAAGGAUGGUGACGAUGGUGACAGUCACCGUGCCUGCUUCACAGAACUGCCUGAUGUCUAAUCUGUAAUCUGCAAACUGCUUUGUACACGCAGAGGUCGAAUAGUAUCACCCUAAUCCGAAUGCACAGUGUACGGCCCUGCCAGCUGGGUAAUUCCCAGCGACUUUAUUUUUCUUAAGCUACAAGAUUAGUUUGUUGUGUUAUGUUUUCACAACAGGAUGAAGAAAGUAAAAUGUCUUGUUGAAGUUUUACUGGGAAAAUCGUUUGGGGGCAUGUAUGAUAACA